GAGAGAAAGCCUAGAACAACGCUUAUCUGUUGAUAGCGCAUUUGUAGGCAGAACACGGAGGAGACGGAAAGAAGCUGUUUACUGUGACCAGCGCUGACAACGUUGUUUCAGCGAUGACGGCGGAGGAAGGGGAGGAGCAGCAGUGACAGUAUGAGGAGGAGGAGAAGGAGGCUGAAAACAGAGGAUUGCGCUGUGAUAAUAGUAAACCCCGAGAUGGAAGGAGCUUUCUGAAUCAGAGCAGCUUAGCUGUCUGUGACGGGGUUUGUUCUGGAGAUGACUGCGGGCUGCAUUUGAGUGCAGGAAAUCAGCAUUUUCACUUGUCCUAGUGUGCAGGUCAGGUUGUCAGAGGAUUCCCUAAACUCAGAUGGGUCAGGCAUUGUGGAGGCUUCCUCCCAGACAACAGCAGCAGCUUCAGGAAGAGCUGGCCGACCACCUGGCUGAGAGUGGAGGAGGAAAACGAGACCCAGUUGUUAUUUCCUUUCUUCCGGUCUUAGGAAGAGAUGGGGGCGGUGCCCAGAGAAGAGCUCCACAGCACUGUUACAGCCCUGACAUCUAUCAUCUGCUGAAGACACGCAGAGGUAAAGAGCAGCAUGGGUUUAUAGAUCUGGAGAUGCUCCCACCUGAACUAGGUAUUACCAUCCUCUCCUACCUGAAUGCUACGGAUCUAUGCCUGGCUGGCUGUGUCUGGCAGGACCUGGGACAUGAUGAAUAUCUGUGGCAGGGGCUAUGCAAGUCCACAUGGGGGCACUGCUCCAUCUACAACAAGAGACUACCCGCUGGCUUCUCAUAUCGAAGACUCUACCUUCAGCUAGAUGAAGGCUGCUUGACAUUCAAUGCUAACCCACAGGAGGGUAUCAGCUAUUUUAUGUCUAAAGGAAUACUAGUGGAUCAUCCCACAGAGCUGGCCAAAUUCAUUUUCUACACCAGACGGCUCAACUGGAAAAUGCUGCGGAUUUACCUGGAUGAGAGGCGGGACGUCUUGGACGAGUUGGUGACCCUCCAUAACUUCAGCAACCAGUUCCUCCCUAAUGCUCUGAGGGAGUUUUUCCGACACAUCCAUGCACCCGAGGAGAGAGGAGAGUAUCUGGAAACGCUCAUCACCAAGUUCAGCCACAGGUUUUGUGCCUGUAACCCUGGUCUGGUCCGUGACCUUGGCCUUAGCCCUGAUGCUGUGUACGUGCUGUGCUACAGUCUGAUCCUGCUGUCCAUCGACCUCACCAGCCCGCAUGUCAAAAACAAAAUGUCAAAGAGGGAGUUCAUCAGGAACACUCGGCGAGCUGCUCAUAAUGUCUCCGAGGACUUUGUUGGCCAUCUGUAUGAUAACAUAUACCUGAUCGGCCACGUGGCUGCGUAGCCUCACUCACUGCGCCGAGCGAUGGUCAUUGAGGAUCCGGCUUCAUUACCGCAAUGAAACACCGAGGAAAUUCAUUUGAACAAAUUCCAAAUCCUGGAAGGAGUCUAACAAUCUAUUGCUACUAAGUUUUAAUAGAACGGUUAUCGUAACGGUAACGUUUGCCCGUCCACUGGAGGAACGAAACUUUGCUACCAAAUAUCAGUAGUUUGUAGUUUUUAAUUGAAGGUGGAAGUGAAAGCUUGUGCAGUUUGCCUGGACACAUGAACUCUAAAUCUGGGUUUUUACAGAAGUUCUGAUUUUUGCACUGAAACACGAGGACUGGAGGAGGAAGAAUGAAGAUGAGGAGAAGCACUAUCCUCAGUCUCCUCCAGCUGCCAGGACAGGUCUGCUGGUGUCCUAGCCACUACGACCAGCUCCAGGCUCCUCAACUUGGCCUUGUCUUGUUGUUGAGGAAACAGAAGUCCAUAAUGACGUCUUUCUCUAACACUGCUCACGUGGGGACAAUGAAAACUGGGGUAUCAGUUGGGCUUGACACAUUGUGAAGUUGUAAAUUAAAGCCAUCUGUUUGGGUCAGAAAGUUAGAUGAAGAUAACUCACUUGGCUUUAUGUAACAAUACUUUCCUGAAUAUCUGACAUGUUUCUUAGGUUUGCUUUGGAAAGUGCUCUUCUAACCACACUUCAACACCUGUGCAUUUCACUGUGCACAUGGAAACUUCAUCGAUCCAUACCUGGAAGUUGGAAAACGAGAAACUCCUUCCAGAAAGGAAGUCACCCGUUAUCUGGCGCACGCCCAUGACAGGAGUUCAAACCGAAGGGAAGUUUAGAUGUAGUCUGACAACUUUUUCCAAACUGCUCUCUUGGAAGUACUAAUGUAGUGAAAUUGACUGUGUUAAUUAAGUUAAAGAGAUUAUCGGAUUGAAUUAGAUAGAAUUAAUCUGAAUUAUUGUGGGAUGUAUUGAAUGGCUUUAAAUGGCAGCAGGAUUUAAUUAAGUUUGAGAAAGUGUUCUCAUUGGGCCUUCAGGUCUUUUGUGGUUAAAAAGUGCUAUCAAAAUAAGCUAAUCUAAACUGAAAAACACUACAUUUAGCGAUGUCAGCAUAAAUGAUAAUAAUGGCUGUUAUUGUGUUAGAUGCAGCACAAAGAUUGGAGGUUUUCCUUUCCUGCUUACCAGUUGGUAAAUUCGUUAAACAUGCUACAACUGUUCUGUUUGUCUUCUAAUCAUAACGAGCCUGAUUGAGACCACUGUGUGAAUUCCUGUGAUUUUUUUAACAGAUCUCUGUGCAGCAAGUUCUUUUCAUAAGGUUCCCUGUCUGCAGUAGCACAAUGUGAAAUUAUGUAACCAUUAUUUAAAAUCCAAAACACUGCAAAACUUCAGUCUGUUUCAUUCUCUGUCUUCCACAUGUAGGGAUUUCAGAUCGCUGAACUUUGAAUGUGAUAGAAUUUACUAUGUAAUGCAGAUCACAUGGUUUGUCCCACUGCCCCAGCAGCGAGGGGGCUGACCUUCCGCCUUCUAUGCAGGUUGUGGUUGAUAAAUAUGAUAUGCUGAGUUAUGUCCACAUAGUUCUUGCUUGUGCAUGUAUUUUUAUCCCACCUAUAACAAAUGUCAAAUUCCUGUAGUUGAUUGGCAGCUUAUUCCACAGUUUUAGUAAUACCUGCUAUAUCAUCACAAUCCCUGCUUGAGAAUUAGAUUUAUUUUUUAUAGCUAACACUACUGCUUCAUCUGAAAUUCUGUCUGACUUCGCAGCAAGCAUUGAGGAAGGAUCCAAGUUGACUGGCCCUGGUGAAAUUUUUAGUAAGUGUUCAUUAGUGCUGAUGAAGGGCUGUCAAGAAAAAAAAAAAGAUGAUUUUAUUUAUUUAUACCAAUAGUGAUGUGUUUAUCUUCCUAUAUGGCUCAUUUGAAAUGACGGAUUACAUUUGUCCGUGUUUUGGGUUGUUUUUAAAGGAUUUUGGAAAGUGUGAAAGUCUGUUGGCCUGUAUUUGUUACAAAGAUUGGGGAGAUGAGGCACCUGAAAGACUGAACAGCAAAGUGGGCAGUAAGAGGCCGAACUGGAGAAAUGUACCUAAACUAAAUAAAAUCAAACUCUGCUUGGAA